AUGACAGCAUCGUCCUCUGAGGGCGCAGCUGGUGGCGCUGCCGAGGCCCCAAUCAAGCAGAAUGGCUCUGCAACUAAGAGACAUGAAGAAUACCAAUACCUUGACCUCGUGCGAGAGAUUCUUGAGGACGGUGAGCACCGGCCAGACAGGACCGGAACAGGCACAUACUCUCUCUUCGCGCCACGGCCGCUCAAAUUCAGCCUCAAUCGCAACGGCGUACCCAUCUACCCACUCCUCACCACCAAGCGCGUGUUCCACAAGGCAGUCCUCGCCGAGCUCCUCUGGUUCGUCUCGGGCGCAACGUCAUCCCUGUCUCUCAGCGAGCAGGGCGUCAAGAUCUGGGACGGCAACGGGUCGCGCGAGUUCCUGGACGGUGUGGGCCUCUCGCACCGUGAGGUGGGCGACCUUGGCCCCGUGUAUGGUUUCCAGUGGCGCCACUUCGGGGCCGAGUACGUCGACGCGAGGACGGACUACACGGGUCAGGGCGUCGACCAGCUGGCGGAGGUCAUACACAAGCUCAAGACGAACCCGUACGACCGGCGGAUCAUCAUGAGCGCGUGGAACCCCAAGGACUUGAAGAUCAUGGCGCUGCCGCCCUGUCACAUGUUUGCGCAGUUCUACGUAUCGUAUCCACGGUCGGCGACGGUGGCGGGGCAGAACAACGGGGACGGGGAGGCGAAACCCAAGGGUCACCUACACUGCCAGCUGUACCAGCGGUCUUGCGACAUGGGCCUCGGCGUGCCUUUCAACAUUGCCAGCUACGCGCUGCUGACGCACAUGAUCGCGCACGUGUGUGAUCUCGUGCCGGGCAGCCUGACGCAUGUCAUGGGCGACGCGCAUGUCUACGUGGAUCAUGUUGACGCGCUCAAGACACAGCUGGAGAGAGAGCCGCGCGACUUUCCCGAGUUGGAGAUUAAGCGCGAGAGAGGCGGUAGUAUUGACGGGUGGAAGGUCGAGGACUUUGUGGUGAAGGGCUAUGACCCGCACAAGACGAUUGCCAUGAAGAUGUCGGUGUAA